GUCUAUAUGUUGUUUGGUUAGUGGUACAACUCAAUGACUUCGACGGAAAGCUGGGAAUCGAAAAAGAAGAAAUGGAACUCGAGCAACAUAUCUAUUUCAGUUACAAAACUCAACCGUUGCCAUAGGAGUCGACUCUCCUUGCAAAUGCUAAAGGAGGUUAACAUGAAUAAAACCUUGAAGCUCGACACCCUGAAGAGCUACAACAACAAUCAACUUUACGCUAAUGAGGCGCAAGAUUUUCGCUACAUGACAGCAGAUAACCAUAGUAGUUGUGGAAGAAGAACCAGCGGCAGAAGCGAGCGUAGUUACAAAUCAAAAACGCUUUUACAUCGCAUCCGAGGGCGUGUUUAAAGGGGGAAGUAAAAUACGAAGUUAACCAAGAAGACAUGCACACUCCCAUAUUAUUACGGCCCCAAUGCAUGCACCUUUGACAGCGGUUUCCACAAAACAGCCCAUCAGUUGGAGCGAAACAUGCAAUAGGACACCCUAUCUAAGCUACAACGGAAACGACGACAAUAACAAAGCUUACAGAAGCGACAGCGACAACUUCGGCAGCAAGAACAGCGGCAGCGGUGAUACGGCAGUGGCGACAGCAGCAGCGGAGUUUUAACUUUAAUAUAAUUUAUACUUAUAAUUGAAAAUUAUUUCUUAAGUAGCACUACUAAUAAACUGUUGUUUUUCAAAGACCUUAGGGAAAAAAUUCCUCUUUGUAUAUGCAGGCUUUUGCACUAUUAAAUUAGCAUACUUAAUGAAUGACGGAAA